AUGGAUAAGUCAGAAAGUCUUAGCGCAGAAGAUUUACGAUUGCGUUUAUUCGAGUCGUUUCGAGGAAAGGGGCUGCUCGACUCGUUGAAGUCACAGCUUCGGAGUCGUCUCGUCUCUUUGCUGCAUGAAUCCCAGCCUUUAAGUCCAGCUUCACACGAUAGAAAUCUGUCCAACCAGCAAGGCAACACGUUGGCAGACAAAGUGGCCAAUAGCUUGGUAGUUGACCACCUUCAGCGUUGUGGAUAUGAAUACACAAUGGCCAUAUUUCUGCCUGAAUCUGGUACUAAACUAGAUGAGGUAUUUGUGGGUGGAGAUUUAUUAAAACUACUCUGUAUUAAACCAGACUCUGAAGUUUACCAUAAAAUUGAGGGACUGGCAACCACUGAAUCAAAAGGAUUUCUAUGGCAGCUACUGUCUGAGCUAACGCAGAAGCAUAGUACAACACACUCAGACACUGCUACACAAACUUUUGAUGACUCAAGCAAAGAGACAGCAACUUCUUUAGAUCAAAAACUACGUCAAGUAGACAAUGAAUUCUCUAGACGUCAGGCUGACAGUGAGGAAUCAACGCAGCUCAACUUGGAAGAGAGGAUGCAAGCUUACCAGAGGCAGUGUGAUGCGAGAGCAAGGGCUGAGACACGUUUGCAGGUAGAACAAUUUAAAGAGACACAGUUGACUCAGAUGAGACUGCAGGAGCAAGAGAAGUGUCGAUUAGAGAUUAGUCGAGCAAGAAAUGAGAUUGAUCAAAAGUAUCGAGAAAAUCUUGAAGCACUUCGCCAGCGAGAACAGGAAAUGAUAGAAAGGCUGAAGCGGCAACAACAAGAUCAAGAGGCACAACUCCACACACAAAGGCAGAGUCUUUUAGAAGAACUAAAUGUUGUGAGAAUGAGAGAGGAAGCCGUGAAGAGAGAUGCAGAGUUGAAUACAAGAGCUGCUAAGAUAGAAGAGGAGAGACUUCACAACAUGAAAGAGCAAUUUAUAUUGAAGGAGAGUUGUUUGGAAACUGAAAAGAAACAAAGUGAACGAAAGUGUGAAGAAAAGCUGGAAACGUUCAAGAAGGAAUAUGUAGAGGAACAACGAAAGAAACUUGGCAACUUGGAAGCUAAAGAAGAAAGGCUAAAAGAUCAAGAAAACAGACUAGGAGAAGAAGAAAGUGCACAUCGCAAGGUGUUAGAAGAGCUGGCAGAGCAACAAGAAUUAUUGUCGACUAUGAAGUUGAGACUAAGAAAUGCGGAAAAAGAGAAUGACGCUUUGAAACAGAGCGCAGAGCAAAGCUCUAGAAGAAAUUUGAAGAUGCAAGACUGUGAGUCUCUCCAAGUGCAAAACACAAACUUGAGGAAAGAACUGAAUUCCCUGCGAGACAAACUAAGAGAAACUGUCGUGGAGAGUGAAAAGAAAUUAUCAGAUCAAUGUGAAUUGAUCAAAGAUCUCAAAGUCCAAAUGUCAAAGCCAUCAUUAGAAGUGCAGCAGCUAUGGUAUGAAGUCAGACAACUUCGUGAUGCAGCCAGAAAGCAACAAUUAGUAACAGAUCAUGAAAAGCAGCAGCUAAUGAGUCGACUGCAGCACGAAGUUGAUUGUUGUCGUGAACUAAGGCAUCAGUUAGAUGAGUAUCAACUGAAAGAAAGGGAAUUGAGAAAAGAACUUCGUGAUCUUCACUUAUUACAAGAUCAAACACAUACAGCUUUAGAGGCUGAGUUCCAGAAUUCUUCGAGAAGAACAAAUAGACAUCUCAAAUCUUUGGGAAUUGGUGUAACACACCAUGUAACAGACAGCACUAAAGCAAGUCAGUAUUUGACACAUGCACACAGUCCGCUGACAGUUCAGAAAAGAGGCCAGCAAAAUGCACCUCAUGUUACGAAUUCUGAUCAGUCUCACAUGCAAAGAAUUGAACGCCGUGUUUUCAACUCAAGUUCAAGUGAUGUAGAUCUUCCUCCAGUUGAGUCACUGGCAUUCUUAGAACAAACCAAGCAGACAUUUGAAAGGCUAGAGAAUGAGGCAGCGGAACUAGAGAGAUCCUAUCAAGCAUUUCAGCAAAGGCUUACACAAGAAACAUUUCUUUCUAGUCGUACCAUGCCAUUGCCUCAGAAUCAGUCUUUCUUUGAGCCACCUAUAACAGACAUGGACAUCCUACCAGGAGACUCCAGGGUUGAAAAGUUGCUGGCCGAUAGGCGAAUUGCCUCAGAGUCUAGUUUAUCUGUUCACAAGGUUGCACAGAGGCCACAGGCUGGCAGCAUGAGUCGUGUUCAGUACUCAGGUUGGGUGACAAGAUCAGAGGCUGAGAAACCUGCUGCCACUGUAGCCAGAUCUGCUCAAGACAAAAGCAGAACAUUUGAAAACGAAGAAAACUGGAAAAUGGGCCUGUCUAAUUAUGAUAAACAGCAAACACUGUCUGUCUCCAGUGUAGAAGAAGGCACCCAGAGCUCAGAACACACAGUCAAAUCUGAUAUUAUUGAGAAGCCCAUUGCAUUGACUGCUACAGUUGAUGAUAAUAAGCUAGCUGCCACUGAUGAUACAAUAGCUACCACAAUGGAACCAUCUAAAAACUCCCUAACUACAACAGAGCCCCAACUUACCAGCUCACAAGAACAGUGUCAUGUCACAGUAGAAGAAAAUGUUACAUCACCAGCUGUUGCUACUGUAAAUCUAGACAAUACGUGGAGACAAUUAAACCGUUCUGCUAAUAAGAAUGAAAUGAAUGAGGUCAUUAUCAGUCCUUCACUUGAAAAUGCUUGGAAAUCAAACAGUCAAACUACUGUGGAAAUAAACGAAACGGGCGACAUUAUGCCCGCUGCAGUUGGGUUACAUAGAUCAGGCAUUGAAGAGGAAAACCCUUCACCCAAUACAAUUGCCUCUCACAAUGACCAAAGAGGCUUGAUUGAAGAAAUGUCUAUGAAGACUACAGAAGAUGACGAUUGGGAAAAGAGAAGGCAACAACGAGCUGAGGAGAGAAGACAAAAGGAAGAAGCAGCAAGGCAAAGAGAAAAAGAAGAAUUAGAAAGACUUCAAAGAGAAGAGCAAUUAAAACAGAGAGCUGCUUCAACCGAGCAACAAGAGCAACAGCAAGAGGAGUUUGGCUCAAACAAGUCUGAAAGAGAAGUUGGUGGAAAGAUUAGUAGUCCCACCCAAGAGCAAAACAGUGAUCAGAGUAUCGAUCCAACAAUGCUCAAGUAUAUGAAGUUGAUCAGCCAGAGAAAAGAAGAAAAAAAGGUGGCAGAAGAGGCACCAACCAAGAGGGUUGAUGGAAAUAGACAAGAUGAGGACUGGAGUCUCCCUUCAGAAUCACAUUCAGCUAAUGCUCUAGCAAGUGUUGGUGGUGGGUCAGAUGACGACUUCGACUGGUGAUAAAACAGCAUAUAUUAAAGAAUUUCAAGGUUAUACUUACUCAUUAACUAUUUUUAUUUUUAUCUGUAUACAUGUCACCCUAGAGUUGUCAUACAUAAGGCUGUACUGUCUGUCCAUCACAUUCCAAAUGUCAUGCAGGUAAAAAAGAAAUUUUCAUCACUUGGUAAA